CACUGCCGUUUUGUAUUGACAACAACAAUAGCAGAUCAUCAUGGAUACAGGGGGGUCCUCCGGGCUGGCCAAAUCAGCCGCUGUAAAACUGUCCGAGAUGGGAGAAAAAACCAAACAGUUUGGCAACAAAAUGAAAGCCCCCGACCACCAAAGACGGAUUAUUUUAGUCAUUGUCUGCGUGGCUCUUCUUCUAGACAAUAUGCUCUAUAUGGUUAUAGUCCCGAUUAUUCCCGACUACCUUGCUGAUUUAGAGCUUGAGCAAGCAGAGCACGUCCACCUAGUUAUACAUCAGAAUUAUUCAAUCAACACCACAAUGAGCUCAGCCCAAGCUAAAAACAACAGGGACAAUUUAGAUGUUCAAAUAGGAGUACUUUUUGCAUCGAAAGCUAUCCUGCAGCUUUUAGUCAACCCGUUGUCAGGAACGUUCAUAGAUCGUGUUGGAUACGACAUCCCCCUCCUCAUCGGACUGACCGUCAUGUUCUUCUCUACGUGUAUAUUUGCUUUUGCUGAGAACUACGCGACGCUGUUUUUCGCCCGCAGUUUACAAGGUCUGGGCUCAGCUUUCGCGGACACCUCAGGAAUUGCCAUGAUAGCAGAUAAAUACACCGAAGAAUCGGAGAGAACUAAAGCCCUCGGUAUCGCCCUGGCGUUCAUCUCUUUUGGGAGCCUGGUAGCGCCACCCUUUGGGGGUAUCCUGUACGAGUUUGCAGGCAAAAGAGUACCGUUUAUCGUUCUCGCCGUGGUUUGCCUUAUAGACGGGAUUCUGCUCUUGACAGUGAUCAAGCCGUUCUCGAACAGGACUAGAGACAAUAUGCCGGUGGGCACCCCCAUCUACAAACUAAUGGUUGACCCCUACAUAGCUGUUGUGGCAGGUGCCCUGACAGUGUGUAAUAUCCCGCUUGCCUUUCUGGAGCCCACCAUAGCCAACUGGAUGGAGAGCACCAUGCAUUCAACUAAGUGGGAAAUGGGAUUAUGUUGGCUGCCUGCUUUCUUCCCACAUGUUCUGGGUGUCUACAUGACCGUCAAACUGGCUGCUAAGUACCCCAACCUGCAGUGGUUCUAUGGAGCCUUAGGUAUGGUCAUUAUCGGGGCCAGCUCGUGCACCAUUCCAGCAUGCAAAACAUUCGGCCAGUUAAUCGCCCCGUUGUGCGGCAUAUGUUUCGGCAUCGCUCUCGUGGACACCGCCCUGUUGCCAACUCUUGCCUUUCUGGUCGACGUGCGUCACGUGUCCGUGUACGGCAGCGUCUACGCUUUAGCUGAUAUCUCCUAUUCUGUCGCCUAUGCCAUGGGUCCUAUCGUGGCGGGAAAUAUAGUGCACAACUAUGGGUUUGUUCAACUCAACCUGGGCAUGGGCCUCGUCAACGUCCUGUACGCUCCGGCCCUUCUGUUCCUCCGCAACGUGUGCCAAAUGAAACCGUCCUACUCUGAGAGAGAUAACCUGUUGGUGGACGAUGAUGAACCCGAGGGUCUGUUUGAUACCAUGAAAAUGGAAGAGCGGAGAGGCAAGAAGAAGGGCUAUAGUUCAGCAGGGGACUGCUUGCCUGUGGUGGUGGAUGAGAAUGGAGGGUUCGACCCGUUUAGAGCACAAACACACGCCUCUGUAGAUGAAUUCUCUGGUCCAGAGUACAGUUAGAAUAUUCAGACUACAUCUAGAAUACUGUAGCAAUACUUAGAACGUCCCCGAAUCCAUUACCGAGAGUUCGAGAAUUUGUACACAUUCCGUUCGGAUUUAAGUACCUGCCAAAAGAGUGGGGUAGACAGUCACUUCACUCUGUAAUGUAGGGCUACUGAUGCUGUACAAUAUACACAUACCAAAUCACCUCAUGAUGGUGUGACCCGUUUCCAAAGGGGAUUUUAUUUUGACUGUAAUGUCAUGGUCUUUGAACACGUCUUCUAUGUAUGUAAUAUGUUUCUUCUGGCCGUCUAAUCUGAAAGGUCUAAUACAAUUCACUGUGUGCGCAUAACUACUGUAGAGUAUUGUAAAAAGGUAAAUAGAUAAAUGUAUGUAAAAUGUUAUAUUGAUAUGAUAAAUACACGACCAACUAUCAACGCAUCACAAAAAAUAACUCGUUUUUAGGUUUGUCAACCUAUGAUUGCAUUUAUAAUUUCGUUGACAUGUUGACAAUCAUUUUCAUUUACAUUUUUGUAAUUGGGGUUUUUCUUUUCCAUAUCUAAACGUAUUCGAAACGUAAUUGUGACAUCUGUAUUUUUCAUUAACGUUGUGUUUUCCUGAAAAUGUAUUAUAUUGGAAUGCGUUUUGUACAUAUGUGAAUAUUUACAUAGUAAAUUAUUAAAUUGUA